ACAACACCAGUGUCUGUCACGUCCCACAAAUCUGGUACAAACACUACAACCCCGGUGUCUUUCACGUCCCACAAAUCUAGUACAACCACUACAACCCCGGUUUCAAACACUACGACACCAGGGUUUACUAAAUCCAACAAAUCUGAUACAAACCAUAUAACCCCAGUGUCUACCACGUCCAACAAGUCUGGUACAAACACUAAAACCCCAGUGCCUACCAUGUCUAACAAAUCUGGUAUAAACUCUACAACCCCAGGUUCUACCACGUCCAACAAAUCUAGUACAAACACUACAACCCAAGUGACUACCACUUCCAUUAACUCUGGUACAAACACUACAACCCCAGUUUCUACCACGUCCAACAAACUUGGUUCAAACACUACAACCCCGGUGUCUACCACGUCCAAUAGGUCUGGUAAAAACACUACAACCCCAGUUUCUACCACAUCCAACAAGUCUGGUAAAAACACUACAACCCCAGUUUCUUCCACGUCCACCAAAUCUGGUACACACACUACAACCACAGUGUCUACCAUGUGCAACAAAUCUGGUACAAACACUACAACCACAGUGUUUUCCACGUUCAACAAAUCUGAUACCAACACUACAAACCCGGUGUGUACCAUGUCCAACAAAUCUGGUAUAAACUCAACAACCCAAGUGUGUACCAUGUCCAACAAAUCUGGUACAAACACGACCACCCCAGUGUCCACCCUGUCCAUCAAAUCUAGUACAAACACAACAACCCCAGUGUUUACCACGUCCAACAAAUCUGAUACCAACACUACAAACCCGGUGUCUACAAUGUCCAACAAAUCUGGUAUAAACUCUACAACUCAAGUGUGUACCAUGUCCAACAAAUCUGGUACAAACACGACCACCCCAGUGUCCACCAUUUCCAACAAAUCUAGUGCAAACGCUACAGCAACAUCGUCCAUCACGUCAAACAAAUCUAAUACAAACACCACGACCCCAGUGUCGUUCACGUCCCACAAAUCUGGUACAAACACUACAACCCCGGUGUCUACCAUGUCCUACAAAUCUGGGACAAACUCUACAACCCCAUUGACUACCACUUCCAACAAAUCUGAUACCAACACUACAAACCCGGUGUCUACCAUGUCUAACAAAUCUGGUAUAAACUCUACAACCCAAGUGUGUAUCAUGUCCAACAAAUCUGGUACAAACACGACCACCCCAGUGUCUACCAUGUUCAACAAAUCUAGUUCCAUAUCAGAUAAUACAGCAUCAGCUUCUACCACAAAGUCAUCUUUCGAUGGAUGUUUUGUAUCCGUCGCGGGAGUCAAAAGAGGAUUAACAUAUGAUAACUUUGAAUCUUUCUCCAAGUCAAGAGCCAUUACCACGAGUGCUUACUCGUCCAUGGACUCUAAUAGUGUACAAGAGAAUGUUCAAGUGACAUGUUCUGAACAAUGUGCUCAGACAUCAUUGAAUCACAUACAAAUCAAUAAGAGUACGGCGACAACCGUGUCCUCAAGUAUUCGACCAAAUGUGCUGGAGUCGAAUGAGGUUCAAACCUCCGAUGAAGUCGUCGACAGGUCUGUCUAUAACCAAUGGCGGUGUGAGGAAUGGAACCUACUUGAGGAGAUAGUGACUUCGGUUAUCCUGUGGAGGCAAGGAGUCCAAACGCCAUCAACAUUCCAUAUAGACAUCAAACGCGCAAACGAACCUGAUCUAGAAUGUCUUCUGUUGCAAGUAACCAAUUUGAAAACUCACGCGAUAUUUCAAACAUUUAUCAGAAAUAGUCGUGCCUCUGAGCUCCGUCACUUCAUGUGCCCAUAUGACGUAUUGGAAGCGUCCUCAGCAACCGUAACUGUACACGGUGUACGCAUGUCUGGUGUGAACAAUCGUCUCUGGUACACCGUCCUGACUGGAGACAAGAAAACAGUGCUCUUUAGGGAUGGACUGAAUUACACCUAUCUGAUGAUGAAUACACAACCUAUAAGAACAUACCAAGAUUUAUUAGCAGAUAAUUCGAAAAAGGAAUCCUACCAUGUAACUGUAGUCAGUACCGGCCCACGGCGGUACAUGUUGACAGACCUACAGCACAGGGACGAACACACGGACGCCUUUAUUAUAACUCUGUGUCAGACUCACCCUCCAGCCGCAUGUAUCAUGAUAUACUACGGUUCAGAAACAAAAUAUGAGAUCCCCUACGAUCUAAAACCCGCUACAGAGUAUAAACUACAGCUCUGCAGAGUCUGCACGAGAUACAUCAUGGAUGACGUGUUUUUUAUUGGAAAUUCACACUCAACCGUAACAACUUUUACUGCAAAUAUGACGCAAAAUGAGGUGUUGGAACUUUACAUCAAGGCGACACGUUUCGUGUUAAGAAGACCGCCCAACUAUUUCAAUAUUUCUCAUUUCUAUCGCACUAAGUCCGAGGUGUACUUUAGCAAUAUCAUGACAACAGACGGUGUGAUGCAUAAGUACGACAAGAACUGGGGAGGGGAUCAGGCCUCCACACUCAACAAACAAGUACAGGGUCUGUUCUUCAGCACAACUGUGAACCAAGUGACACGUUUACCUCCAGACUUUUCCUAUUUCGGGCCAGUAAGGCUACAUGUCCCUACAUACUUCCUGUUGAACAACAACAUGAACAUGUAUUUCUCUGACUUCUACUGUCACUAUUAUAAUCAUAAGGUCCAAUUGGUCCUUACGGUCAAGGGCAGUCCGACUGACCACUUCUGUAGACAACGACUCGUGCUGGUUGACCAGACCAACAACCCGUUUCUCAUGAGAUGCGGUUUCACUGAAAUCGUCCGAGUGACAAUGAACGUUACAGUGGAAGUAUUCUACACCGGGGACUUACCUGUCGCGGAUUUGCUGUGGUUCAGUAAUGUGUUCUUUACUACAACAAAACAGAAGGGAAACGCUUUGUCUAUGGUAAAAGGCAUUCCGAAAAACAGGGACGGUGGCGUAUGUAAUUUGGACUGUUUCCUUCUCGCUCACAAUAUGCUGUAAUGAUUCAGCGGACACGGGCAUAUAACCUAACGUUUUAUGCAACCGUACAGUUUCACUUUCACUGAGAGAUUUUUUAUAACAAAAGUGAACUUGCUCAGAAUGCAAUGAAUAUAUAUUUGGGAGCUUCCAGGGCUGAGCAGUCCUGGAAUCGGCUUCCCUUAUAAUCUGUUUUCCUUACUUGGGGGGUCUUACAAACGCCAUUCUUCUUAUAUACAUAAAAAAAAAAUCUUGCAACUGUCAUUCUUAUAUUUGUUCAUAAAUACCUAAUAUUUUAUUUUUAUAUUUAUUUUUCACCACAAUAUUGCACCAUACUUCUUACAUUCCAAGACAACGCAUUUCAUUCCGUAUUGUAUACUGUAUUUUAGAAGAAAAUCAUUGGUAAAUAAAUAAAGAAAAUAGUGAUCAAAUAGUGAUCCCCAUCUUUGUUUAUUCUAAAAUGUAAAAAAUAAAAUAUAAAUCUAAUAUAUUAACUUAUACCACUAUCUUUUUAAGACCAACUUACAUGAUAUAUACCCCACCAACAGUCCUGAGCAAAAUUAAAAGUCAAAAUAAUUUCGAAAAUACACAAUUUUUAACAUUGUAUAAGACGUUAACUACACAAUGUUUGACAUUGUAUAUAUA